CACGCUAAGAAGCAGUAAACCAUGCACAUAUAACCAAACCAAAUUACAUAUAAACUAUGAUAGAUAAGAUUAGAAAGCAACGAAACUGAGGUUUAGAGUUUUCUUUUACACCUGAGGGUGCUAGGUUGGAAUGUCCUUUUCGGAAACAACAUCAUUUCAUCAGACGAAUCGGCUGUAUGUACAGUGAGAAGCAAACAAAUCAUGCAGGGAUCAAAACUGUAAACACAGAGACCCGUUGCUUCUACAUCAUUGACCACAUAAAAAAAAUUAUAUAUCAUCGCCGACCCUACUUGAAUCCGAUCACAGGGAAUCACAUCCUAAAGCAAAAGGCUACUACAACAAACCCACAGGCCACGGGCAAAGGUUUGCUACACUCAAGCCCAGGAUAGUUUACUCAAUGGGAUGGGGGAUUAUAACUUAUAAGAACAAUGUAGAUGAACACAGCCUCAGCUGAUAAAAGCAGAGACUGCUCUGUAGAUAAACUAUCUUCUCUCAUCUGGUGCCAGUGAACUGAUAGUAUGAAAAAAUAACAAAAGAGAAUAAAACUCCACUAAAUGCUCCCAAACAGGUAAUAAACUGAUCCAAUUUCCCUUCCUUUGACCAUUCUUCAUUUCACCACUGGCGACUAAAUUGGAAGGAUGUAACUCUCCCCCACAAGCUUUGACAAUACUGAAUUUGUUGGAUCAACUUGUAAUUGACAUUGUUCAACACGUUUGUAGUGAAUAAAAGCUGAAUACAGGUUCAGGUGAAGUGACUUUGCAACACAGCCAACGAAUUGGACUUUGCAACACAGCCAGCGACGGAUAGCAAGGGAGGCAGCCGGUACAAACCAUAAUGGCAUAGACCCAGGCCAAUUCCAACCCCAAUAUCCAACCUGUUCAUGAGAUUGGGGAACCCUAAGCCCGACCAGACAACAAAGACACAGGGGUAUGCCUUAACACGAAGAAGCAUCGACAAAAACAAACUGGAAAUCGUGCACAACCAAAGCCCCCAUAGACGAUUAUCAGCCAAAUAUGAAAUUGAGGUUUUGACUUCAAUUUUAUUAGAAUACAGAUACAAUCCGAGAAGAAUACCAAGAUAAAGAGUUUUCGGCAUUACCCUAAAAUGGUUCCGCCGUGUUCGCCAUUGCUGCGGGAGGGAGAUUUUAAAUGGGGAUUGAGAUCGUGUUCGCCAGAUCGCGGUAGUCUUCGCCAAGGUUGGAACAGGGAAAGGAAACUGAAGAGACCCACCCACCAAAUCGCGGUCUUCUUCUCCGAAUCGCUUACAGAUCGUGGUCUUCUUCUCCAAGGUUGGAAGAGGGAAAGGAAGAGGGAAAGGAAACUGAAGAGUUCUCUGUCUUCCUUCGUAUGCGAAUCUGCAGAGAGACAAAAGGGAAACGCGUAAUGUUGGCCGGCUGGGAAAAGAGAUGGUUCAAUUACUAAAUUACCCCCACCGAAAAUGAAGGGGAGAGCAGGGAAUUUGAAUCCCUGAAAAAUUGACAAAAGUGUGCAAUAUAUUAAUGGUGGAUUAUAUGGAAUUAGGCUAAUGCGUAUUGCGUAAUGUUUUUCAUUUUUGGUAAAUAAGUAGAGUAUUAUUUACUCGACCAUUGGAGGUGUUUAAAGUUUUAACUUUUAACUCUUAAGAAACUAUUGAGUGUUUUAAACUAGUGGCGGACCCAGUACUGUUGGAGAGGUGUGUCGUCGAUAAAAUAAAAUAAAAAUUAAAUUAAAUAAAAUAAAAAAUUAAGUAGAAAUUUAAAAAAAUAAUUGAUAAAGUUCACAAUGUCAUGUUUCUAACGAAUCACGAUGACUUUUCAUCUGCUGAAAUGUCUCUAAAAUACAUUAAUCACUUAUACUGCAAAGAAAAUCUUUUUCAAUAUACACAACUAAACAAUCAUUCAUAAAUUGGUCACUCAACCGAUUUCGAAGAUCAUUCUUGAUUAUCUUCAUAGCUAAAAAUGUUCUUUCGCAGCUUGUCGUUGCAACAGGUAAUGAUGGGGAGUUAGUGGCAGCCUAUGCUAUUGGCCAUUAGGCCUGUGGGUUUUUUUUUUCCUCUUUUAAUUGUAGGCCGAGGCCCAACACACAUCACAAUUGUAUAUUGUAUGGGCUGAGAGUUUGUUUUUUUAAUAGGAAUUAAUAGAAUUAUGAUUUAUGAGUUAUUUUAAAUAAAAUUAAAAAAGAUUAUGAUUAAGAUUGAUUUAUUCGGAUAAUAAAUUCUUCGAGUAUAAUGAAGGUGUGUCGGCUAUAAUUAUUGAAGGUGUGUCGGCUAUCUCGAAAUAAAAAAAUUUAUACCAAAAAUUUUCUCGAGCGAGGGUGUGUCGGACGACACACCCUCCCUUGCCUUAGGUCCGCCACUGUUUCAAACUAUAUUGGGGAAAGUUCAAUCCUUGAAGCGGAGUCGUAGGUGAUUCGAGAUGGACUGUCUUUAGCAUGGAUCUUUGGCACCGAUAAUUAGAAGUGGACUCGAAUUCACAACUAGAUAUUAUUUUGAUCGUAAGGGUAGAUAACAUAUUUUACAUCGUACUCUUGUUGAGCUCAUAUUGAAUUGCAUGUGCCUCAUACGUCAAUCACGACAAUACAAGUUAUCAGACACCAAUGAUGAGCCCUAACUUGGGUCUCGAUGAUCGGAAUUCACGCAACUUUCACGCAACUUCCAAUUCAAGGCUCGAGUUGAGUCUUGGACACAAAACAGGGUAGGGUUUUAGGCGAUGGAACUUUCGUGCAAUCUUUCACAAGGAAGAAGGCUCGAGAAGUAUGGAAAGAAGCUAGGCCAUGAUCAAAAGCAACUUAGAAUCAACUAAGCAACUCGAACGAAUUCACAAAGCUACAAGCUUAAUGAACCAAAACUCAAGGUUUGUAUUCAACAACGUAAUCUACCUUACAAUGCAAUCGAAAAGGCUUUAAAUAGAACUAGCUAGGCUAUCCAACUACAAAAGAGGUCCUAAGUACAAUGGAACUCAGAAAUUGAACAAGACAGAAUUUCUUGUGGUGCAAGACAGAAUUUGAGGCUUCAUACGAUCUUGCACACGUUCAUUCGAAGCUUUAAAGGUAUGCCCUUAAUCAUCCAAUUCUUUUAGGUUGCUCAGAAAAUAUUGUACUUCCAUGUAACAAUUCCCUUUUGCUUCGACUCUUCCUCCUCCAGAUCAAGUAAGCUCUCAAAAUAGGGUACCCGAACACGACUCCAUACUUGGCCAGAUUUGGGCAGUUUCUCUGUGACUCCAUAGCAACUUGCACGAUCUUGUUAAUGACCUUAGGGAUUUGUCCUUUGGCCAACAAACCUUGUACCCCGUAGAUGAACUCUUGUACUUCAAUGGAUAACUGUCCAUUGCAUUAUCACUUAUCUAAUUGCGAGAUAUGAAUUCCCAAAGUAGGCACCAUGACACAAGCUUGACACUUAGCCAAAUUAUGCCUCUUUUCUUGCCAACUUGGAUAGCUUCUUUGGCAAGUAAUAAAAACUCAUGGACUUGACUACUUGGGAUCAUAUCAACCAAAAGGGAAGGGAAUAAACUUGCUGACAACUGGCUAGCUUGGGCCACUCUCGGAUCCAGUGAGAGGUUUUGUACCCUUUUGUAUAGGGAUGACAAAAAUAUCCGUAACCGUGGAUAUCCGCCCGAAUCCGACCUAAUCCGGUAGGGUAAAACCCAAACUCGAAAGACUUUUAGUGGGUACGGGUAAAACCCGAACCCGAAUAUUGCAGGUAAUGGGUGGGCAUGGUUUUCUCACUAUCCAACCCGAACCCGCCCGAUUAUACACAUGCAUAUGUAUUUUGUCUAUAAAUAAUCAAUAUUUUUCUCUAACAUAUUUUAUAUUUUGCAUAUAAAUAUAAUUUUCUUAUGAAAUUGUGUUGUUUUAAUUAAUUUUCUUCAUUCUUGUGAAUUAUUGUAGUACUUUUCGUCUUACGUAACGUGAGAAUACGUGUAAAUAUUAACAUAUUGAUUGGAGUUAUAAAGAAAAACUAUUACCCAUGGAUAACCAUGGAUACCCGAACGGGUAUGGGCAUGAUUUGAAUUGUCUACCCGUUUCUUAUGUGGGUAUGGGCAUGGGUAUAACCCGAACUAAUUUAGGUAUGGUAACAGAUAUGCACUAUCCGUCCCCGACCCGACCCAUUGCCAUCCCUACUUUUGUAUUGUUGUUGUAUCGCGCAUUGGAAGCGGGUAUGACGGGAGUCCAUUUCAUAAGGGAUAUGGACUAGACUGAUACAUGAUAUGUCAUUUUGAUCUUUUAUAUUUCCAAAUGUACAAAAAUGAGUUAUAUUUUGACUAAAUUACAUGUUUGGUCAUUCGCUUUACUAUUAUUUUUUUAUGGUCGUCGCCCAAAAAGUUUAAUUUCUUAUUAGUCACUCAUAAGGGUGGCAACGGGUCGGAUUAGGGGAUGAAUAGUGACUAUCCAUUACCUAUCCCUAGCUCGUUCAGGUUUUUAUGAUACAUAUACCCUUGUAAGAUUCGGUUAGAAUUUUAAAAAAUUAAAACCAUACACAUACCUUAUCAGAGUUUUUUUAUGAGUACCCUAUCAGUUUUUGGGUAUCCAUGGAUAAAAUUUUUCUUUUAUCUUCUAUUGUAUUUUGUUACUAAUAAAAAUAUAUUAAUAGUUUCUUUUACUUUCUCUUGAGGUGGGUUAACGCCUCUCUUUCCCUUUUCCCUCAUUACACCUUCGUAUUACUCUCUUUUGAAUCUCUUAUGGGGCUAAAGCUUCUUCCAAGAAGAUGGCAUGCAAUACUAUUUUUUCAACACCAGACUAGGAAUGCAAGCUGUGUUCCUUCUUGAUAAGGGCACAUCUCAACUUCCUAUUGUGGGUUGAUAUCCUCAGGUUUCCCAAUGCCAGCGCUAGCAAGAUGCCAUGUGUUUCACACACUAUUGCAUUCAUCUGUCAUAAAACUUGGAUAACGACUCCCCUUACCUUGCUGCCAGUUGAUGAGGGCUUGCAAUGUGAGUUCGGCCACCUCUGCAUGUAAAACUUGGAGGAAAACAACACGACGAACUGCUCUAACGUCUCAAUGACGCCCUCCCAGAGUGAUGUAUACCAUAUUCGGCACUGACCUCUGAAUGUGACUGGGAAUGCUUUGCAAAGAUCGGCAUGUCAGGAAUUGAUGAGCUGCAUCUUCAGUACGAAAGCACUCAAGUGAUCUGAGGGGUCGAUGGUGCCAUUUUAGGCCGGAAGGCCGAGAGACGAAAAGUUUGGGGUUUUAAACAGGCUUCAUGAUAGUGGGUCAUGUAGCACGUGGGGAUCUUGCUUCCCUCGUGCAAAGGUCCCAGGAGCAUUUUUAAGAUAUGGAUCGGCCUUCCUCCUUUUUGUCCUUGUAAUGAUCAGAGAUUCCAAAGACAAUCAAAGCUUUCCCCUUUGCUCAUAUGACUUUAUCUCUGGUUUGUGAUCCUUCAGCCUAACCUCCAUCUCCCUUGUGUCCCUUGAAAAGCGCUAGAAUUUUGUAGAUGUUGUUAUGCUUGCUCGAUAGCGGCUUGUUAUUGUUUUUUUAUUGGUCUUUGAGAUCCAUGUCGUCCUCUACUAGAGGUGUAAUGCUAUCGAUCAGUCCUCUCUUAGUUAUUUCUUUUAGUAUCCUUUUAAGAGGGUUCCGAAAGUAUCUUCUAUGGAAGUGAUUUAGAAUGAUUUGUGCGCCCACGGUGAACGCCAAAUUGUUUAGGCUUACACUAUUGUUGGGGUUCAACAAGUGAUUAUGGGCUCACGCUCGUGAUGCGUCUUUCACCUUAUGGGGUUGGAUGUUCCAAGAACCUGCAUAAAGGACCACAUAUGCUUCACGCCAGGUACACCCUCCGAUGAUCUAGUCAGAAAGAGACUAUUUAUAGAAUGUUUAGAGAGAGUGAUUUGGUUCAAGUUACCAUAAAUGAGGACUGAAUGACUAUUUAUAUAAUUUGAUGGUGAUUGAGAGCAUUUAAUGCUAUGUCGGGUAACUCGAUGAUUCCGCCAAAGGGGAGCUUGGGCUCUCGCUGAAGCCUUAAAUGUUAUCACCGGGGUCAUCACACUAUCUAUAAUGGAUAUGUGGUUCCCCCAAGGUGUUGAUUGUCCCGAUGCAUUCUUAAAUGUGCAGAUGAUUGCCUCAAUGUGGUCUAGUUGACAUGUGGGCGCCCCAUGGCCUUUGUGAAGAUCUCCGUUCGAAUGGAGUGUGACUUCUUGGGCCUGAAGUACUUUCUUGACCGUGAUGGGCCAUAUCCUUAGUUAUCGGGCUUUUAUUAUUUUGCGACCUGGUUGUUGGGGGCCUUUAGUCCAACAGAUACCAUAUCUUGUACUCAUCUUAUUUCCUAAAUAGGCAAGUAGUACAUAUAGGUGCUUUGAAAAACAAUCGGUUGUCUUGCUGCACGCCUGCACAAGUCUAUGUCAUGAAGUUCUUCAAAUCCUUGCAUCAACAUUUGAGAAAUCGGUUGGUACCAUCAAAAUUUCAUCACAAACCUAUCUGAUAGGUAUCAAUCGAUGAUGUUCCAAUAAAUGAGGGACACCUCGCAACUUGUGCAUCUCGGUCACAACCAUAGGAUACAUGUUUCAUUCCACCUAUAAUAACAAUGAUGUUUAAUUAGUUUACGAAUUUCCAUGAAAAUUCACAAGUCUAUAUCAUAUUAUGAUCUUUAAAUUGUGUAACCAGAUACUAUCUAACUAGUUGCGGUAAUGCCACUAUUCAUUUGUGUUGGCUCCAAUCCACCGUAGAAAUAAAAUUAACUUUUUGUC